UUUUGUUACAAGGAAGUGGGUCGCGUUUUUUUAUAGUUCAACACUUGCAAGACACCCGCUGGUAAUACGAAACGUAUUAUAUCAUCCUCUUCUUUAUCCCAGCAUCAGUUGUCGGAGUUGGCAGUGUUUGACCUGAAGUGAUGUUUUGCCUCUAAGGUCGUAGGGAUGUAGCCUCGAUAAAUCAACGGACAGUAAGAUAUUGACAAAAUCGUAGGACACGGCUGGAAGCCAGGUGGCGUUGUAAUGAAGAUCCAUGAGAAAAUUCUAACCCAUUACCUGUCCUGCACCUCACCAGAUAAGGAGGGCUACCUCUACAAAAAGAAAGAGAGGAACACCACCUACCUGCGCCGUUGGUUUGUGUUAAAGGGGAAUCUGUUGUUUUAUCAGGAGCGUCCAGGUGAUCGUAAUCUGUUAGGGGUGAUUGUUUUGGAGGGCUGUAUGGUGCAGGCCUGUGAGAUGGAUGGUCAGUUCUGUUUCUCUUUGGUGUUCACUGGACCAGGCCUUCGAACUUAUAGGCUGGCUGCUGAUAACCAGCUAAGCCAGGAGAGCUGGAUCAGUGCUCUGCUCUGCACCGGUCACAUCUACCUUUCAAUGAUAGUCAGGGACAUGGAGAGACUCUAUGAAGAAGCUAAAAAAGAGAAAGGCCUUUGUCAUUCCAUACAGUCCUCUGCAGUGACUUCUACUUUGGGUGAGAAAGCACCAAAUAAUACAAUGGCUUCCUGGAGCACGGGACACUCUUAUUUCUUGCAUGGGGCUUCCAUAUUACCAAGAGAUGGGAGGAGCUACAGUACCAGUUCAGUACCACCUUCAUCUAUGCCAAAAAGACCCAUCAGCUGUAGUCUUCAUGCCCCUCUUGUUCCAUUCAAAACUACCAAUAAGCGAUCUCCAAAGGUCUGGCCAAAGAGAAAUGCCCAUGUCACACCCUUAAAUAAUGCUGCACCAUCUUAUGGGGAGUGGCCAGUUGUGUGCUUUGAUCCAUUAGAAGAAUUCAGUAAACUGCAUGAGUACUAUGGAAAUGAGAUUAAGCAGCUAAGAGCCGAUUGGCUAAAGAAGCAGUGUGAGGAGGAGAGAUACAUUGUGGAUGACCUCAUUGAUCUUGGCUAAUUAGAGUUCACACUAGUGCUAUCACAUAUCCGCAUUGUUGUCAUCUAAAAUCAUGUUUUUUGUAUUGUUAAUAUCCUAUCUGGCAUCACUAGUCACUGAUGCAGUUAAUGAAAUACUAUUAGAAUCCUACUGUCUUUUUAAGGUUCUGAAAGUAUGUGAAGCACCACUGACUACUGAUCCUAGUGUCCUUUCUGGUAAAGGGUUUCUCAUUUCCUCUCUGCGGUCAGGUUUCUGUACAUCUCAGCCCAGUUCCCAAUUGCUUGAAUUGUCAUAAAACAGAACCAAAAUCACCAGUAGUUUACCUCCAUGUGCAUCUGCAAUUGUUUGCAUUCUAUCUAAAGGCAACAAGCACUGCAAAUGCUAACAAAUGAGGUUAUAUUUGCAAUAACUUUGUUUCUUGAACUGAAAAGUUUCACCAAACAGGAUUAUUACUAGAGAAAAAGAAGAAUUAGUCUUCUUUUAAGAUGACAUGUUGGUUGUGGAUUUGUGAAGGCAAAAUAAUAAUAAUAAUUUAUUACUUGGUUGAAAAUUAAUUAUUUUAUUAUUAAUUAUCAUCCUCUAAAAUAUGCACUGAUGUAGCCUAAAUGUAUACAGUUUUAUACAGUUUUAAUUGGUUUGGUCAUUUUGUUUUAAAUUAGCAAUAUUCAUGUUUUAUCUGAUAGUAAGGAUGUAAAUGAAGUAUUAGAGGUAAAGUGUGGCUCGGUUCAAACACCAGACUAAUGUGAUUCUGUGUGGAGGAACAUGCAUGCAUACUACUGUUCCAUAGUUCUGCUUUACAGAUAAAAAAAAAAAAAAAAAAGACAAAAAAAAAAAAAAAUUGUUCAGGAGGUUUCACAAACAAACCAAAAUACACACCCUGCCUCAUCUUCCUCUUUCACUCCACCUCAAUUAUUUUGGGAUGUAGAUGUCAUUUGCCUUUGUUCUCUUGACUCUACAGAAUAAUUUAUGCUUAACCAUUUGAAACAUUAAACACAAUAUUUAAAAUCAACACAUUCUUGCUUUCAGGCAUUUU